GUACUUUGCCAUGUACGAGAAAAGGCAUCGUUCACUUUUUUCGCCAUUGACUUUCUCUUUUCACCUGCUCGCCUUUCCUUUCUCAUCCAUCUUCUUUUCACCUAUCUCCUUCCUCCGGCGUCGUCCCUUAUCAAUUCACUUUACCUAUAAUAUCAUUUAGUUAUGCUCGAGCUGAUAAAACUGCAACUUUUCAAUGCCUUUAUCAUGUUUAUAACCUGUUUUAUGGAGGGCAUGUGCACUUCAGGGACCAUGGAACGACUUUGAAAGGGGACUGAACUUACAUAAAAUCAUAUUUUGAUGGUUGUUUUCACGUUUUUAUGGUUACUGAAAAAAGUGUGGCGGGCUGUAGCUCCACCCCCCCCCCGCCCCACCCGAUUCCACGGCUUCGGCCACCCAUCUCGAAAUUAGAAUGGUACUCGCAAAGGACGUACUGUAUAGAGUCGAUAGAACACAACCAUUCUGUAUUAUCUUUUCAUUCUUAACCAGUAACCAUACUCCUGUAUAAUUUACUAGUAUUUUUGUAAAAGAUCUUUCCUGGAUUUUGGAUAAUCAAUUUUCUGUGAUUGGUUAUUUUGUCAAAAUAUAUCAAAGACAUCAAAGGCGUAAUGAGCCUGAUAUUGCGGAUGGAGUAAAAGUUCUUUAAAAAGAUGCGAGCGGGUGAAGCGAGUGAGAAAAGUUUUAACCUUAAUAAUACAUACAUAUAAUUUUUGGAUAGAUUUUGACAUACUAUUAAAAAAACACACCCUUUCGCUGUCUCCUUUUUUUUUUAUUGAUCGUGCUGUUUUUUGAGGGAGGACAUUUACGCCAGCCCCCCCCCCCCCCCACACUAUGUUGUCCGGCAGUGAUUUUGCGGGUUCGUGGAUCCUCGUAAAUUUUCUUCUAGUAAACACAUUUUUAAUAUGAUCCGAACAAGUUUAUAAGAUCUUGAAAGACUUGGGAGACAAUAUGAAAGUUUGAGCGCAAAAUAUAUGUACUGGAAGUUCCCUCACCGUAAAAACAAAGCUUAUGUCAUAAUUAUCUGAUAUUUUGCAUGAGACAAUGAUUGUCAAUUUCUGGAUCGUCAUAUAAUACUCAAGUAACCAUGUCAAAUAACAUUGAUUUUUCAUUCCAAAAAUGUUUCUAUCUUCAUUUCAUAAUUCAAAAAUGACGAUGUUCUAUAUUAUUUUCAACUCUUCUUUAAAAGGAUGAAAAAUGAAGCAUCUUGUUAUCUGUUCGUAAAAGUAGUGUUUAGUUUUGGUUUGUUUGAUUUUAUUAACCAAUACACACGUUUACAAACGAAUAAGGUUUUUUUUUUUAAAUAAACUGCUUAAUAUAAUUUGUCUCAAUGUAAUGAGAUACCUAAUCAUACGGCGUGACCCCGUGACCAUCGGCCGUUAAUGAAGUAUGUCAACAAAGCUUGGAACGUCACUUGCUAUAUCGUCAAAUGAAGUGGUAAAUAAUUAAUAAUUGUUGCUUUUUUAUAAUUUCACCAACAGAUUCAUACAGGGAUGCAGCAUAGUAUAAUCUGGGUUGGCCAACCACUCUGCCAUCCCAUAACUGACCCGACCAUAGCCAACCAGCUCAGGAAGGCUGGCUACGCCACUCACGCUGUGGGCAAGUGGCACUUAGGCUACUACAACAAGGAUUGCUGGCCCACAAACCGAGGAUUCGAUUCCUUUUUUGGUAUGCUGACGGGUAGCGGGGGAUUUUAUACACAUAAGCACUACGGUGGACAUCCGGGAUUGGAAAGCUCUAAGAACUGGACCGGAUAUGAUUUGAGGGAUAAUUUGGAACAGGUAGCCCAAGACUAUCAAGGAGUGUACUCAACCCAUCUUUUCACUCAGAAAUCACAAAAUAUUAUCCGUCACCACAAUAAGUCGAAGCCGCUGUUUUUGUACCACUCCUUUCAAGCUGUGCACUAUCCUCUCGAGGUUCCAUCUUGGUAUACGGAAGACUUUAACUACAUAGCCGAUGAGAAGAGACGAAUCUAUGCCGGUAUGGUGAAAUGCAUGGAUGAAGCAGUCGGUAAUAUUACCAGGACAUUGAAGAAAACUGGCUUGUGGAACAAUACCAUUAUCAUAUUUUCUUCAGACAAUGGGGCAAAUUUCAACUAUGGAGGCAACAACUGGCCCUUACGUGGUAUGAAAAGAUCACUAUGGGAGGGUGGCAUCAAGUCUGUAGGUUUCAUCGCCAGUCCUUUACUACCAAAACACGUUCGAGGAACAGUCAAUAAUAAUUUAUUUCAUGUAACCGACUGGUUUCCUACUCUUGUCAAGGGUGUGGCAAGAGGGCGCCUAAGGGGUACAAACCUCGAUGGACACAAUCUAUGGAAACAUUUGAUAAGCAAAAAGAAGAUACGGAACCGGGAGAAUUGGCCACGGAAAGAGAUAUUACACAACAUCGACACGUAUUCACCUGUCUUCAGUGAGAUACCUUAUUGGUUUUCACUUAACUUCCCAGCAGCUAUUCGAUAUGAAAAGUGGAAACUUAUCACGUCUCAAAUCGGCAACAAAAGCUGGGUACCACCACCAGAAUCAGGGGAACAGACCAUCCAUUCCACAGAUACACCAGAAAAACGGUUAUGGCUCUUCGACCUAUCCGAAGAUCCGAACGAAACGAAUGAUUUAUCGUCAGAAAGGAGAGAUAUAACUUAUUUCCUUUUAAGACGGCUUGGGUCAUAUCUACGGGAAUCCGUUCCUAUAGUAUAUCCUGGUCCAGAUAGAAGAGCAAACCCGGCUCUUCAUAACAAUUCAUUUAGUGACUGGAUUCAAUGACGAUUCCAUAAAGGUGUUAAACUAUUUUCGUGAGUAUUUAUUCAGGCAAGAUUCAUUCUACAUUCACCGUGAGUGUAUUAAUUACUACUUCGAAAAAGCAAGUAGUGGCUUUUCAGACAUUUUAGGCUUUGGGGGAGUCUUGUACAUUGACACAAGAUGAAAAGCACGUAUAUGCACUGCGUUUAUUCACUUGCUUUGAAUGUAGAUGAUUCACAGACUCAGGAAAGAAAAUAACCUCCGUAAUCGGGCCUCCCCUUGGGCCGAUGAUUAGUGAGAGUUUAGGCCUAAAAUUAUUAUUAAAAAAAGAAAAAUACUUAUCUGAUUUCAUGAAAAUUGUUGAGGAAUAUUCUCGGGACCACUUCCAUUGACCAGUGGAUAUCAUUCGUGUCCAUGGGAUUUCAAGAAAACAUGCUAAACAAAUCUGGAAACGCACCUCUUAACAAGUAUAGUCGUGUGAAAACCCACCCUAAUGUUGCAGUAAUAUUUCCCCCACACUCGACGGCGAGUAAAACAAAAAACGUUUAUAUUAAAACCAGCCAUAUGUAUAUAUAGGUGGUACAAAAAAGUUAAAACGGUCUUUUUUCAACUCGCUGUACGGCCACCGUAUGGUAAAAGUGACUACGCCAUUAUCAAGUAUUUAUUGGGUACAAAACGUCACCCACUUGCAAGGUGCAUCGGGAAUAGGGAUACACCAUAUGUAAAUUGGCUCUGGGUAAAUCUCGCCCUUAAAACUUUCGUUGGUGCAAAAGGUUCAGACCUCUUCCCUUUUUCGAAAUAUAUAUAUUCUAGUUUUAUACCCUUUCAAAUCACACCCCAAUCACGUCUUUUACCACACGAAAGGUAUACCCUUUUUCAGCAAUUUACUGUUUUUGACACCCUUCACGUAACAUGCUGUAUCUUAAAAUAGAUAACCUUUUUUAUGCGUGCGUUUGUUUGUUUUGUUUUCUUUUGUUUCAUCAUUUUGGACGACCAUGAUAUCCACUUUUCAAUGGAAGUGCCCCACGCCCGGGUAUAUUAUCAUCACUAUUAUAAUCUUAUUCAAAUUAGGUUUGUUGACAUGUUCAUUCAUGAAGAGAAAUUUCUGCCAAUAUUUACAAUUGUUGUUAGUGAAAUGAAAUAAUUUUCUUGGAUAUCUCGAGUUUGUUUCAUUUAUUUAUUUGACGGGGCAAUUAUACAUCUUCGUUACAAUUGUAUAUUCCUUCUCACAUUUUUGUGCUAAAAACGACUUUAAUUGGGCAACAUUAUGUACUCAUGGUAAUCAGAUUUAAUAAUGCAUCAUUUGUUUACUUACAACAGUUUUCCAUUCUCUUGUUUUUUAGACAACUAUUGAAAAUAAUUGAAAACAGAUUGUGACAUGUGGCAAAGUAUGAAUGGUAUGAUAAGUUAUAAGUAUAACCAACAUGAUAGGGUUUAGGACGUAUGAGCGAUAGGCCUAGAUUAAUUCAAACAUUACAAUGUGUUUGUUUUAAUAAUAAAUACAUAAUUCGUGAAAAUGUGUAUUACACCCACAAUUGUUAUUUUGAAAUCUACAAUUCGUUAUUCUAAUCAUGAUUCACUCAGAAAUAUGUACAGCCAUAUAAAAAUGAGCUCCUCUAGAGAGCCUUUUUACACUGUUUUUUAUCAUGUCACAACAGUUAUUUUCAUUGAGAGAAAUAUUUCCUAUUUAUUAGUGAGAAAUGUUGCAAACAAAUUAUAUUCUGUCAAUACGCGAUGGCCAAAAUGCUUUGUCAUUUGUCUAUUUUACAAAUCUGUCUCAUUUCCUGUCUGCAUCUCUGAGCAAACGUAAUUCUGAUUCAUUUGCAAUGCUUUUGUUUUCAGAAAAUCACAACUUCAUCAUCGCCAAAACCUCUCACUCUGUACGUAUGGGCAUUGCUAAAAACCAGAACUAUUGUGUACUGUAGAAUAAAAAAAAUAAAAAACGUAGCAAAUACUAUUGCUAGUUUCAAUAUACAUGAAAAUAAGCAAUUGGGUUUUUUUUGCCAUUUUUUUUUUAGUGUUCGCGCCGAUGUGACUGCUAAGUGCGGGGCUUUAUGUUGUAACCAAAGGAAAAUACAUGACCUAGCUGAGCCUGAAGUGAAACCUACAGGGUUUAAAAAAAAAUAUUUUGCUCCAGGGGCACAAUAAUGCUACCAUAUCCCCCAUAAAAUCAAGAUUAAAGGGGAAGUUCACCCUGAAGAAAAGUUUGUGGUAAAAAUAGCAUAAAGAAUAAUAAAAGAACAAUGGUGAAGGUUGGAGGAAAAUCCAUUAAAAAUUAAGAAAGUUAUUAGAAUUUUAAGUUCUGGAUUUGUUACGUCAUAAACGAGCAGCUGCCCCAUAUGUUAUGAGUUAUAAAAAAUGUAAAAUAAAACGCAUGAACUUCAUUUUUCCAGUGGUUCCUGAUGACUUAUUUUUGUUUUAUAUUCAUGUUUGGGUGUGAAGUGAUUUGUCUAUUGAUAUACGAAAGGUACAGUAAAAACCAUUUUCAAUUUUCUGAGAAAAUGACAUUUCAUUGAUUUUUUACCAUUCGCUAUGUAGGAAUGCUGCUCACAUAUGACGUCACAAAUCAAAUACCGGUAAUUAGAAUUCUAAUAACUCUUUAAAGGGGAAUCCAGCCUUUGCCAUAAAAUGUUGUGUUGGGAAGGAGAAAAAUAAAUUAAACAGAAUGGCGAAAGUCUGAAAGAAAUCGGACAAGGAAUAAGAAAGUUAAAGCUGUUUUUAAAUUGCGAUCACUAUAGUAUGUAGAUUUCAAAUUGGCAACUGGGUAAGUAAAUUAUAUGACAAGGGGCAAGGACACCUUUCCCAUAGGCCAUGUACUUUAUUAUCAGGGAUUUGUGGUUUUCUGCUAAGUACCCAUUCCCCUGGGGCAGUAAUCUAAAUAUAAUCCAGGUAGUAUAUAUUUUAUGUUCUCAUAUGAAAGAAAAAUAUAAUUUGAAAUAAAACUUUUUUUGAAAAUGACAUUUUAGCCACAAUAUGUAUUGGAGUACAUGGAAGAGUAGUCCCUGCCUUACAUCACUAUGACAUCCCAUAUGCGGCCAAUUUGAAGUCUCCAUGGGUAUAGUGAUUACCAAUAUUUACAACUUUAAAAAAAUCAUAACUUUCUUGUUGUUUGUCCAAUAUUGUUCAAACUUUCACGUAUCAACUUGUCUCAUUUUUCUUCUUCUUAUAAAAACAAGUUUUUAUUUGGGUUGGAUUCCCCUUUAAUUCUUUGAUGGAUUUUCGUCAAAACUUUGGCUCUAUUUUUAAUGAUUUUUUCUGCUAUUUUUAGUCAGGGUGAACUUUCCCUUUAAUGAUCAGAAGUUACAUAAAUUAACUAUAUCCAGAUAACAUUUUUCCAAAAAUCACAAGCAUUUCUACCUUAUUAUACAUUGAUUGAUUUCUUUUCAAGAUGCUUGCUGGUCAUUCUUGCUUAUUUUCAUGGCCAUCAUCUUUUUGUGUUUCUCUAAAAGAGAGUGACAAAGGGGGUAUUGACACCUUGCCACUGACACUAGGCUGCAGGGGAAAGCAAAUACACGAUCUUCUGAUUACAAGGCAAGAGUCAGAACCACUACACCACAACGUUUCUACCUUCUCUUCUCUCCUUUGCCCCUCUUUUUCUUUACUUUGCACCCCCUCCCCUUCCCGCCACUCCUUUAGACAUUUAUUCUUCUCUCUCCCUCCCCUACAUUUCUUCUCCUCUCCACUUUCAAUAUACAUACCCCCUAAACUUGUGCACAGAUAAGUGUCCUCCCCUUUUCAAAAUACCAUAACCAAUUAUAGAAAUGAUUUUGAUCAAAUUAAUCUGCAAGAUACAUUUCUAAACUUAAUGGCUAACUUCUGCUUUAAAAUAUAUCAUACAUGAGUGAGCAUGCAUUAAAAGAAAAUUGUCACUCUUACAAAGUAUCAAGGUUCAUUUCUUGUUUAAACAAUGUUAUUCCUCUUUGUUUAUGAAGUUUGCUCACUCAAACCAGCUGUGGUUAUAACCUCUACAGCUCAUACUUCAUGUGAGGGUACACUUUCUGAGAUAUGCAUAAUUUCAACUCAAUUUUUUUGUGUUAAAAAAUUGUGAAAAAAUGAACAAAUUAAAUUUUAUCCAAAAAAAUCUGUAUAUGGGAGUGCCUUUGGUGUGUAUUCACUUUAUAUGCACAACUUGACAAAUCAAUAUAUCUUUCAUUCAAAAGUUAGUCUACAUUAUUUUGCUAUAACUAAUUUUGUUCAAAAGUUAGUAUUUUUAUAAAAGGAAAGCAAUUUUUGUGUUUGUUUAGGUUACUCUCCUUCUCACUCUCCUUUUUUAUUUCUUCCUCUCUUGUUCCUUAUUUUUCAAUCAUUACAAAAAUGUUUGAUUGUAUAUAUGCAAAAUAUACCAAAAUUGUUGCUUUAUUUAAACAAAAAUCAAAUAAAGGUUUGUUGCAGUUGUACAAUAGAAUUAAUGAUAAUUAUCUUUUAAAUAUAUAAGGCCAGGAAUUCUAUUUGAUGAACAGUCUGUUUCAGGGAAAGUCUAGAUGUUUUGUUAAAGCUGAUAGUUUUCAAAUUAUUUGUUGAGAUAAUACUUUUUCUACUAAGAUCCAUGCUUGAAAAAAAUAUCUUGAGACCUGUCUCAUAAGGCUUGGUAACUAACAGGAUAAAUUAACUCCGAUAGUAGAAAUAUGUAAUAAUAAUGUCAUAUUUUACCCAGGGAAGCCACUUCAGUUCCGAAACUGUUCUAACAGCGAGUAGUGGCUAAGCCCUGUUACCAGCUUACCAUGGCAGUUUCCAUCAUCACAAGUUCUUUCUUCUGAAAAUUGUAUCUUUUAACUCAACUUCAUGUUUACAGCAAUUAUAUACGAGGUGCACUUUUGACCUAUUUUUAAGGUAAUUUGCCACUUGGUCUACACCCACUUCGCCUACUUUCCGUUUGGUCCGAUCUGACAUGGAUUUAUCCUAGUUCAUCUAUAACCAGUUUGAUACUAAUCAUCUGGUCUAAUUGCCACUUCGUUCAUUCAUCAUUUUACCUAAUUUCCAGUUAGGCUGUAUUCAUUGUUGUUAUAUAUUGGUAAUGAUGUCAUACAUGAUGUCAUACCAUGACUCACUGUUCUUACUAUUGUAGCUGCGCAGGGGCAAUGCGGAAUAAACUUGCUUUGGAAUCAUAUACCAAGAUUAUCAGAUGUGUGCUAUUUAUGUGCCUUAUUUACUAAUUACUGUAGAAUAAUCAGGAUAACAACAAAUCUGACGAUGAGGAUUGAGUUUUGUGUUUGUUCUUCACUUUGGGAAAGUUCGAGUACCUGAGGAGGACUACUUUUGGAACAAUUGGUGAAUUUCGGGAAGACGAAGGGAGUUGGUCCGAGUACAUUGAGCGUAUGGGACACUACUUCGACGCCAAUAGCAUCAUCAAUGAUGCUAAGCAUCAUUGAAGAGAGGAGGAAAAGAUCCAUUUUAUUUAAUGUUUGUGGAGCCUCAACCUACAAGUUCAUAUCAAGUUUGGCAGCACCAAGGAAAACCAGGUAAAAUUGAGUUCAAGGAACUUGUGAAAUCAAUGACUGAUCAUUGAGAGCCAAAGCCAUCGGUGAUCGUCCAGCAAUUCAAAUUAAUAGUAGGUCAAGAAAAUCAGAUGAUUCGCUGUCAACUUACAUUGCUGAGCUGCGACGAUUGGCUAAUGAAUGUAAGUUUGAUACUAUUUUGGAGGAAUGUUGAGAGAUUGGAUUGUGUGCAGAGUGGCAGAUGAUAGAAAACAAAGGAGGUUAUUGGCUGAACCAACUCUAACAUAAAAAAAAGCUAAAGAUAUUGCAUUGGCAAUGGAAUUGGCUGAUAAAAAUACAGCCAACCUCAAUGAUCAGAACAAAGGCAAGAUGGUGAACAAAAUCGCUCAUGGGGUUAGUCAUAGUAAGUCGUCACCGCCCUAUUUCCUAGAAACAUUCCUCAUGCGGUAGCUGCAGUAAGGGGCAUCAUAAAGGAGAAGCCUGUCCAGCAAAAGAUGGAGAGUGUUUCCACUGCAAGAAAAAAGGAAAUUUUGCCAUGGUAUGCAGCGCCAAAGGAGAGAGGAAGGAGCAGAGAAAAGUUUUCAAGCAGCAAGGAAAACUGACCACAUCCAACAAACCUCACUCUUCAGCUCGAAACAAAAGAUGAUGAAAACAAAACCGGCUACGAGUUGUAUCAACACGAAAGUUUCAAAAGGUCCGAAACCUCCUCCAAUUAUGACUCUGCUGAUAGUGAAAGGGAAGCCUAUAAACUUCCAAGUGGACACGGGCUCGGCAGUAAUGCUCAUCAAUGAGAAAACCUGGCUAUCUCAGUGGAGUGACAAAGAGAGGCCUAAGCUGAUCCAAAACGUGGCUUAAUAGUAAAUACACCAAACACUUAGUCGAAAUUAUCAGACAAAUUGAAGUCCAUGUAUCCAAGGGCAACAAGGAGGAACGUUUGCCUUUGAUAGUUGCAAGAGAUAGAGGGCCGAAUCUCAUGGGAUGAGAUUGGCUGCAUGAAAUGGAGGGAGAUACAUGUAAACUUGGUCAAGGUCAAUGAUGUAGAAAGAGUGUUUCAGAUUAUGCGGGGCUGUUCACACGAGACCUUGGAAAGUUCAAAGGUGUAGAAGUGGAUUAGGAUAUUGACCCCCGAGGCAUCGCCUAAGGUUUUGAAGGCCCGUCCAGUUCCAUUUUCAUUUCAAAGUCAUCUGGAUCAAGAGUUGGAUUGCCUUCUCGCAGAAGACAUAAUUGAACCUGUUCAGUAUUCAAACUGGGCAGCUCCAGUGGUCCCAGUCGUCAAGGGAGAUGGAUCCAUUCGCAUUUAUGGGGAUUAUAAAACGAUUAACAUAGCAGCUCGAUCGGAUACCUAUCCGAUCCCAAGAGUAGAAGAGCUAUUUGCAAGGCUUGCAAAUGGAAAGAAAUUUACAAAGCUGGAUCUUUCUCAUGCCUACCAACAAUCCUGUCUGAGAAAUCCAGGGAGCUCCUCACAAUCAACACGCAUUGAGGGUUAUUUCGAUAUAAGAGACAGCCUUUUGAAGGUUUAACGGCGCCCUGGGUUUCAGCGGAUGAUGGAGUCAUUGCUGGCCGGUAUUCCAGGUGUGGCUGUCUACCUAGAUGAUCUUCUCAUCACAGGAGAGUCAACAGAUGCCCACAUGAAAAACCUAAAAAUAGUCCUGGAUGCCCUUCUGAAAGCUGGACUGAGACUUAAGAAAGAGAAAUGUGUGUUUCUCAAGGACGAGGUUGAUUACCUCGGACACACUAUCACUGCAAAGGGUAUUCAUCCCACGGGGGACAAGGUGCAAGCCAUCACAAAUGGGCCUGAACCAAAGAGCGUAAAGGAACUCCUGUCGUUCCUGGACUUGCUGAAUCAUUAUGGUAAACUCUUACCUAACCUUGCAUCGAAUCUAGAACCUCUUCAUCGGUUGUUGAGGAAAGACGCAAAAUGGCAGUGGGGCAAGGAGCAAAAACAGGCUUCUGAAGAGCCACAAAGUUGCUAAAUUGAACUAGGGUGCUAGCCCAUUAUAAUCCUAAAGAGCAACUGAUACUAGCUUGCGACGCUAGUCUGUACGGUGUCAGAGCCGUACUCGCACGUAGGUUUUCGGAUGGGACCGUAAAACCCAUCGGUUUCGCGUCACAAACACUGAAUAUGGCAGAACGCAGAUAUUCGCAAUUCGAUAAGGAUUAGCGAUUGUAUUUGGUGUGAAUGGUUUCACCAAUAUCUGUAUGGCUGUAAAUUUGAAAUAAUUACGAUCAAAAGCCGCUACUUGGUCUCUUUGGAGAGAGGAAAGUCAUUCCACAGAUGGCUUCUCCACGCGAGUGGGCGAUUACACUUGCGGCAUAUCAAAUAAGGUUAAAAGCGGGAGAGAGAAAUUCAAACUCUGAUGCACUCAGUAGAUUACCACUUGAAUCAACCAUUCCAGAUCCUCCGAAUGUCAAUCACACAAGCGACAGCCGUCGAAAGCUCCAUCCCAUCAUUGGGAAUAUCCAAAUAAACCUUGGUUGCAAUUCUUGUCAAUUACCCAGAUCCAGUAGAAGGGAAGAUGUUGCUAGUAAUAGUAGAUGCAUAUUCAAAAUGGAUAGAUGUUCACAUUAUGAAUAAAUUGACGAGUGAAGUGACAAUAAACAAAUUGAGGGAAGUCUUUUUGGCACAAGGUCUUCCUCAAACACUGGUUUUGGAUAAUGGGCCCUGUUCCACUAGUGAAGAAUUCAUUUUGUUCAUGAAAAUGAAUGCAAUCAAUCACAUAAUUGAUAAAAGGUACACCAUAUCACCCAGCUACUAAUGGUCUUAAGGAAAGAGCAGUGCAAACCGUUAAAAGAGCCCUCAGAAAAAUGAGUGGACCCCUUCAGACGAGAUUAUCAAGGUUCUUGUUGUGAGUUACCGUACAACUCCACAAGCUACCACAAUGCAAACACCGGCAGAAUUGCUCAUGAAU